CUGUCAUGCGUCUGCCCUGGGACGAGAAGGCGAGUCCGUGCGCCAAGAAAAGCCGAGCGCCCCCGAGCCCCGCCGCAGAGCCCGGGCACCAGCCGCCGGCCACCGCUAAGUACGCCCAGGCGCUGCCCUCGCCGCUCAUUGGAGCGGGACUGAGCGGAGCGACCAGACCCUGCGCUGCCCUGGGAACUGCAGGAGCAGGCCCGGGCCAGCGACCCCAGCUCCGGCGAGCCCGGGGGAGACGGAGCUCGCGAAGCGCUGCCCGCCCGGGACUAGUUCCUCCUGGACCCGGAGCCCCCGCCAGUCUGCAGCCUAGCGGAGCAGGGGGCAGAGCUCGUCCGAGCGCCCAACUCCUCAGCUCCUUCCCCCGCAGGUGGCUCCGGGUCGCGAUGGGCAGAGGAACCGUGCAAGUGCUGCUGCUCCUGGGACUGCUGCACUGGGGCCCCGGUGGCGAGGGCAGGAAGAACUGGAGGCGGCGAGGGCAGCAGCCGGCGGCUGCGGCGGCAGCCCGGGAGCGGAGCGAAGCGACCGGGCAGCCCGUGGAGAGCUUCCCGCUGGACUUCACCGCCGUGGAAGGCAACAUGGACAGUUUCAUGGCUCAGAUCAAGAGCCUGGCGCAGUCACUGUAUCCUUGCUCGGCCCAGAACCUGCACCACGAGCUGCGCCUCCAUCUCCUGCUCAACAGCUCGGUCACCUGCAACGACGGCAGCCCGGCCGGCUACUACCUCAAAGAAUCAAAAGGCAGUAGAAGGUGGCUGCUGUUCCUGGAAGGGGGAUGGUAUUGCUUUAACAGAGAAAAUUGUGAUACUCGCUAUGAUACAAUGAGGAGGCUGAUGAGCUCCAAGGAGUGGCCCAUUACCAAAACUGGAACUGGGAUCCUGUCAUCACAACCAGAAGAAAAUCCGCACUGGUGGAACGCAAACAUGGUUUUCAUCCCCUAUUGCUCAAGUGAUGUUUGGAGUGGUGCCUCUUCCAAAUCUGAAAAAAAUGAAUAUGCCUUCAUGGGAGCCCUCAUAAUACAAGAGGUGGUAAAGGAGCUGGUGGGAAAAGGCCUUAGUAAUGCAAAGGUACUACUCCUGGCAGGAAGCAGUGCUGGGGGAACUGGGGUGCUUCUGAAUGUGGAUCGAGUGGCAGAGCAGCUGGAGGAGAUGGGUUAUCAAGGGAUUCAGGUUCGAGGGCUGGCAGACUCUGGCUGGUUCCUGGAUAAUAAACAGUACCGCAGAACUGACUGUAUUGAUACCAUAACCUGUGCCCCAACAGAAGCUAUUAGGAGAGGAAUCAGAUAUUGGAAUGGCAUUGUUCCUGAACGCUGCAAACUGCAGUUUAAAGAGGGGGAGGAAUGGAAUUGCUUUUUUGGCUAUAAAAUUUAUCCCACUCUUCGAUGUCCAGUCUUUGUGGUGCAGUGGCUCUUCGAUGAGGCCCAGCUGACUGUAGAUAAUGUGCACCUAACUGGACAGCCUGUCCAGGAGGGGCAGUGGCUCUACAUCCAGAAUCUGGGCCGGGAGCUAAGAAAUACUCUGAAGGAUGUGACUGCUAGCUUUGCUCCAGCCUGUUUGUCUCACGAGAUCAUUACGCGCAAUCACUGGACAGACAUCCAGGUGAAAGGGACUUCAUUACCCCGUGCCCUGCAUUGCUGGGACCGCAGCCUGCAUGACAGCAACAAAAAUGGGAAAGCCCCUUUGAAGGGUUGCCCAAUCCAUCUGAUUGACAGCUGUCCCUGGCCCCACUGCAACCCCUCAUGUCCCAGCAUCCGGGACCAGUUCACGGGGCAGGAGAUGAAUGUGAUCCAGUUCCUCAUGCACAUGGGUUUUGAUGUUCAGAAGAUGGCACAGCAACAGGGCCUGGAGCCCAGUAAACUUCUGGGGAUGCUGAGUAGUGGUAGCUAGAAAGAAUUCUCCAUGAAAGGGCAAUGAUCAGAUAAGGAGGAGGAGCCUCUAAGCUUCUCUCCCAAACUCUUUAACCUUCUCCAUUCUCGUGCAGAUAUGCACAUUUACACACAUGCACACUCACAAGUACACGUGCACACUUAGUGUGUGUCAAGAAAAAAAGAACAGAUUCUUGCUUACACCAUUUGACUGAAACUCAUUACCUUUAAACUUCAGGGCCCAAUCCUGGCUGUUCAGAAUCUCUUUCUGUAUUAAACAAGGUGGCCUGAAGCAGCAACGUCAUAAACACCAGCACUGAGAACCUUUCCCAAGAGCUAAAAGGACUCUUACCCUUGCUGAGAAUGUUUCACAUCAUAGACUUACAACAUAUGGUGAAAAAAGCACUGGAUUUUUUUUGUCCAAUUAGAAGUGAAGGAUUACAUGACUUCCUAGAAGUCAGCAUCUCAUGAUGUAUCAUAAUGUACAAACCAAGGACAUGUGCUAGGAAUGGACACUCUUAUACUCAAUUUACUUUUGUAUUUUAUAAAAUGACUUUUUUAUUACUUAUUUUUUAAAAAAUUAAGCAAGAAAUAUAAAAUUAAUGAUAUUGUUUUGUAACAUAUUUUUUUUAAAUAAUGAAAAAACCUCCUGCUACUAUGGCAAUGUGGGCAUAUUUAUUUUAAUAUGUAAAUGCUAUUUAUAAGGGCUGCCCAGAGAACUGCUAAUAUGUCUUUGUAAAGUUGUAAAUACUGCUCUUGGGGAUGGGGUUUUCUGAUCACACCUGUGGGAAAGGGCAGUAUUGGCAUUAUUAUUAUUAUUAUUAUUAUUAUUAUUAGAUUCCAAUGUUCCCUUUGUAGUAUGUUUGUUGUUAUUUCUGGAAUGGAAAGGAUGUAAUGCACAGUCUAGUUACAGAACUUGGUAGUCAGAAUCCACCAUCCCAUGGCAGUGAUUAAUACAGGAUCACAAUUCUAGACUAUGUGCAGACCUGAAACUCAAGUAAAUAGUUUCAAAUA